GUCGUCCAAUCUGAAUAUGUGGGAGGUGCGCGUCCGCCCACAAAAGCCACAGCCAUCUCCCCGUUUUUUACAAAAAGAAAUUAAAUAAUCAAUUGUGCACGAAAAAACCCGGCGGAAUACGCGUAAAAUAAAAACACCGGUGGCGGUUUGUUUUCGGUGCACGACGGACGGCGGCGAGGCGUCCCCGCGACGUGCGGCGAGGGAGACGGCGGCGACAGGCAGGAGCAGCGGAGAGGGUGUUGUCCUGAUGCUUAAAUGGAAGUGGGUGGGCCUCUACGGUCACACACCGCCAACUUCUCUCUGGAUAUCGUUCUGACAAGCGACAAUUUGCUCGUUUAUGGUCCAUCCAUCCGGUGAAAGAGGCACGCGGCGGGGCUGCGAGAGGGCCGACGGGCCUGGGACCGUCGCCGUUAUUUCCGUUAUUCGGGGCUGCUUGAUUGUGCCUGCGCUUGGCACCGCCCUUCCUGGCCGGUGGGUGGUUUCGUCAAACGGGCAGAUCCGCCACGGCCCAGCGCCGAACGCAUAGGCCGUCCUCCGCCUCUGUACCCGGCCGGCCUUCUACCGUGAACUACACCCUCUCCCUCUCGGUAUAUGAAUGCGUUAUGAGUGACUCGAAGAAGGUAUCACCUGGAACUGAAGGAGGGAAAGCAUCUAAAAGGGGGAAAAGUUCUGGAUCGCAGGAUUCCUCUCAGCCCUCUCCGUUGGCUCUGCUAGCAGCCACCUGCAGUAAGAUCGGAGGCCAGGGGGGAGUGGAGGGGGCCCAGGCCCAGGCCCAGGCAGGGGCCCAGCAGAUCCAGGUCCAGGCCGGUCAGAUCCAGCUGCAGGCAGGUCAGCUCCAGGGUCAGAUCGUUGUGGACACAGCAGGGGGUCAGGCCCUGUUGCCCCAACAGCUGGAACUGGUCCCAGCUCAGUUCACAGGGAACGGCUGGCAGAUCAUUACAACGGCUCCUACCAUGGCCAAGGAGACCACCAAUCAGCCUGUCGCAGUGACGGUGGCCACCACCUUGGCUAAUGACAGCUCACCCAUUGGACGCAAGGUGAAGGAGGUGAAGGCAGUUGGUGGGGUCAACAGUGUUGCAGCCAGUCAGCAUCAUCAGCAGCAGCAGCAGCAGCAGCAGCAGUUCCAGAUCAUCCAGGUUCAGAACCUGCCCAAUGCCGGGGGCGGGGUCCAGUAUCAGGUCAUCCCUCACCUGCAGACUGCAGAUGGACAGCAGAUCCAUAUCAGCUCAGCUCAGACGACCUCCCUCGGGGCUCUAACAGAGCAGGUUCAGCUCAUCCAGGCCCCGAGUCCAGGCCAGACCCAGGCCAUCCUCCAGCCGGCCAACCAGCAGGCCAUUCUGACAAGUACAGCCAAUCAGACAGUCCCUUUGCAGAUCCGCCCCGCACAGUCUUUCCCGCUGCAGCUGCAGACUCUGCAGGGCUCCCAAACUCCUGUUAUGACCACAGUACCCAUAAACCUUGGUGGCAUGACCCUGGCUCUGCCUGUGAUCAAUAACGUCGGAGGGGGCGGGGCUGUGCAGCUUAUCCAAUCAGCAGAUGGCACAUUUUCUGUUGCCAAUGGCAACCAGCUGGUGACAACAGCCGUGUCAGGGGCGGCUCCUCCUACAGCAUCGUCUGAAGGUGAAAGUGUGUCUGAAGGGGCACAAUUGGUUUCCGUUGGAUCAGAGGGGGGGGCAGUUGACAACCAGGUACAGAGCAGUGAGGCAGACUCUCAAUGCCAGAACCAGGCCAACGGACUGCAGAACCAGACAGACGCAGCAGGAACCAUACAGCAGGUGAUAGUUGGUCAGAUGGGGCACCAGUUGGUGCAGCAGUUUCAGCUGCAGCCCCAGAGUCAGUUGCAGGGCCAACAGCAACCUCAGCACAUUCAGACCCUCCAGCUAGCCCCCGGACAAACCCUUCAGCCCAUUCAGGCUUUCCAGAACCCAGCCCAGGUCCUUAUUCGAACCCCGACCCUGUCCCCCUCCGGGCAGAUCACCUGGCAGACGCUGCAGCUGCCUGGUGGAGUCUCCCUGCAGGGCGGCCUGGGGACAGCAAUGCCACAGCAGCUGACACUGGCCCCAGUGGCCGGUGGGACAACAGUGGGGAGUGGAGGGCUGGUCUCCCUGAGUGGAACUCCACUGACGCUGAGCGCAGCACAGAUCAACCCAGGGUCUGGGGUACAGACGGUCAGCAUCGCAGGGCUGGGCACCGCUGGCGUUCAGGUGCAGGGGGUCCCCCUCACCAUAACCAGUCUACAGGGUCAACCACAGGGUCAAGAUGGGGUCAAAGUUCAGUCAUCUCCUGUGACCGUCGCUGUUGGCAACGUGGCACCGGGCUCAUCGAUGAGUCCAGACCAGCUGGGCUCAGUACAAAGCUCUUCGGACCAGGAGGGACCUCCCAGCAAGAGGCUGAGACGUGUCGCCUGCUCUUGUCCAAACUGUAGGGACGGGGAGGGAAGGAACAGCGGUGACCCCACAAAGAAGAAGCAGCACAUCUGCCACAUGGAGGGCUGUGGGAAGGUGUACGGCAAGACGUCGCACCUGAGGGCCCACCUGCGCUGGCACACCGGCGAGAGGCCGUUUGUCUGCAACUGGAUCUUCUGUGGCAAGAGGUUCACCAGGAGCGAUGAGCUGCAGAGACACCGGAGAACACACACAGGAGAGAAGCGUUUCGAGUGUCCCGAAUGCUCCAAGCGCUUCAUGCGCAGCGACCACCUGUCCAAGCACAUCAAGACCCAUCAGAACAAGAAGGGCGGGGCCGCGGUGGCAAUCAUCACCACUGACGACAUGGAGGACGAUGCCCCCGAAGGCCUUGGUACCUCCCCUCAGAUUGUCGCUGUGGCGACCCUCUCACGUGACUCUGACCCCGCUACACCCAUCACCACUAGUCACCUGGAGGAAGAGGAGGAGGAAGAGGAGGAGUUUGAUUAGGCGGCCGACUGCCGUCUCUUUGUGGAAGGCUGACAUCCUGUUCAUUUGAGUCUUUGCAGGGACUGUAAGGGUGGAUACUUUUUUUCUUUCUUUUUUUUACUUUUAAUUUUAAAUCCUUUAAAAAUGUUCUCUCAUGAAAAAGAGACUCAAGAGACAGAAACCGACAAAUAUAAACUUUACAAUCCAAAAAAUAACUAACACAUAAUAACAAACAUUUUUUAGCCUAGACAUAUGAAAGAUUACGUUGGCUUUUAUAAAAUUAAUCUAUAAUAAUUCCAUGCUCGUGGGGAAAGGAAUGUACAAGGAGUGUCUAGAUGAGCACAAGACGGGGAAAUGCUGAAUCGAAAUCCAUCUGACAUCGAGAGACAUUUUCCAAAUCGCAACAGAAUCUAACUCUAUGCACAAAGUUGUGUUCCUGUUUCAUACCUGUCAGACAGUGCUGAGGGUCAAUCAUGGUACAGGACUGUUGCAGAGCAGUGACAGAGCCAGGACAGUCUUGGGAUGUGUGUGUGUGUGUAUGUGUAUAUGAAUGAGUGUGUGUUUGCAUUCCCAUGCUGUCAUGGAGAGGAUCUACCUAAUUUGAGUUUUAUUCAUUGGUUCAGGUUUAGUCCUCAGAUCAGAUUCAGGUGUUGAUUCCUUUGAAACCAGUCAUCGGAUAAACUGUUAUUGAAGAAGAAAGCGGAUAGUUCUAAGAAAUGAAAAAAAAAAAAAAAAACGUGAAAAAAAAGCACAUAUAAAAAGAUUUAUAAAUAAUGCAUUCCUAAUGAGGUGCAGUGGCCAUUAGAAAAAAAUAGAGGUUUCUAUAGAGAAAAACAAUCUAGCUUUCUACAACUUUGUUUGUGUAGUGAAAGCAAUACUAUAAUGACAAUCCUAGUGAAACCAUGUUUACAUUGUCAGGGGAAGUUUUCAAGCCAGUUCUAGGGAAGAUUAGGGGAAACACCUGAAAGCAGGGCUGUCGUCUGAACAAAGCCUGGUUACUCUGCAGAUACCACAGGGUGGCGUCAAACGCCACAGCUGCGAUGACCAUCAGGUGGUUUCUAGUAGGCGUUACAAUGGUUUUGACAGAAGGAUGCACCGUCACAGACGCUGCUUUUUGCUUUCUGUGCUCUGGUCACGACAAACUCUCCACCUCUAACCCCGCCACGUGACCGAUGUACCGCAUUUGCCUUAACACAAGCUGUCGUACAGAGGGAACUUCAGAGUGUGGUGGACAGAAAAAGAUGGCGGUUCUCCUGCAUUAAUAGGGGGGUGAAAAGAGAGCGGACCACGGCACAGAGGUGAGGCAGUGAUGAGAGCUGUGGGUGGGCGUUGGUUGGGCUGUUUUAGCUGUGUGGAUAUUUGAGAAGUUUUCUGGUGGUGUUGCUCCGUGUUAGUUCAGUGCGUACACGUUUCUAAAUUAAAAGAUACUUUUAUUUCUAUAGAAUUUAUUGUUUUAAAAAUUCCCUGCCCCAGUAUGUUAACACACAGGACCCCUCUGUGUAUGGCUAAUUUAUUAUUUAUCCUUGAUUUGUAAUAUUUGCCUUUUGCUGAACUUGUAUUUGUGUGCGUUAAUUCUGAGGUUCUGUACAGCAUGUUUCAGUUUUUUGCAGUAGUGCCGCCUCUCUCUCUUCUUUACUCUUUGUGCUUCUAUUUUUUUUUCUGAGUCUGACCAUUGCUGUUCAUUUCUUCUUCUCUUUGCGCCAUAACAUGUUUUUGGAGAAAAAUAAACAACAAAAGAAGAAGAAAGCAAAAAAAGUUAAUAUUGUUUAAAGUUGAAACGGUUGAUACCAAACGAAUUUAGAUGUUUUUGGUAAUAUUUUGUGUGACAACCAACUUUUUUUCCUUUGAUAUUUUGUAGUGACAUCUCAUUUGUAAAUCUUUUUCUAAAAGAUGUUUGUUCGUCUCCAUGACAUUUGAUAAUGGGUUUUUUGCCAGGUUAGCCUCAAAGGCUCCAGUCUAUUGAUAUUUUUAAAACUGGUUUGUACAAACGUGUUAUGUCGAUCAAAAAAAAAAUUAAAAAGGACAACUUUAAGCAGAAAAUAAUGCUUUGCCUGCAUAACACUUGACAAUAAAGUGAUUAAAACCGUC